AUGGACCAUUUAGAGUUGCGGAGACAGUCGAUUGGCACGCGCUACAGCGGCACAGAGUACCGACUGUUCCCGAUCGUCCAUGAGCGCGAGCUCGAUGAAGACGAGAACGAAGCGGAGGAGGUCGCUGGUGAGCGCUCGAGCAAGAAGACUCGAUACGGCCGCACGCUACGCGAGUACCUGGGCUACGCCGAGCCGUCGUGGGUCGACGAGACUGACCUCAAGUAUGGAGCGUAG